AUGAGGGAAGUCAACUUUAGCAUUCCAAACGUCAACAAGGCGUCUGUUGGUAUUACCACGGCGCUUUAUGAUCGAAGGGCCCUGGAUUGCACGUCCACUCUCCCCCUCAUCAACUCCCUCAACCAUCUCGCCUAUCUCACCACAUCGUCUGCUCGCAUCCGCGAUAUUCUCACUGUCGAUGGCGGCAUCGAGCGUCUGGUCUGCAUCCUGAAGCAGGGUCGCAGUAAGGAUAUGAUGGGAAUGUGGAAGUGGAACCUUGCCUUCCAGUGUGUCGUCAAUAUCGGCGUCCGAGGAACGGAAAACGUCCGCACCCGCGUUGUCGAGGCCGAUAUGGUCCCCGUCAUCGCUACCAUCCUCGACAAUUACAUCAAGGCCAUCGACAAGUGCCGUGAAAAGGCAGAGGAGGCCAAGCAGAAGCAGAUCCAUGACCACCACCACCGCCACAGGAGUCACGAGCAUCGCUCAGGCCCCAAGCCCUCAAACUCGGCCUCUUCGUCCGCCUCGUCCUCAACCUCCACCGUCGCCGCUUCUGCUACCUUCGGCCAUCGCUCCAUUCCUCGCGUCGAUGCCGCCGACCAGCGAUCGCUUCGUCGUCACGGCCCUCCGCCGUCCAUUGACGUUUCAGCUACCUACGCUGGCCCUUCUACCGCCGCUCCUCAGCCCCUACCCCAACAAUUGCAACAACAGCCCCUCGAUGCUGCUCUGGCGACUCCUCAAUACCCCCUUGGCACGCCGGACCGUGCCGUCUCUUUCACACCGACCCGUCACCAGAGCUUGAGGGGCUUUGAGAGUCGUCACGCCACGACUUCAGCUCCCCGUCAGACCAUGCAGCCCCUUGCAACUGCAGUCCCAGCGACUGAGACUGUUGAAGGUUUUGUGAGGCCUGUCCGUGAUGUCGACCGCCUUGCUUCGAUGGCCCCAUUCGGCCCCACAGACCUUGCUUCCCAACCGACCUCCCCAACCACACCUCUACCGCCAGCUCAGAUGCGCUCGCCGACCGUCCGCCCAGCCUCAGUUCUAGGACCCUCGGGCCGAUCUAGAAGACGCCCAUCGAUCCGUCAUCAGAACUCGACUGCUGAUGCCGAUGACAUUAACGGAGACAGCAUGCCUUCGGACGAGUCUCCUGAAACCGAAAUGACGGGAACCGACAACAUGCAGUCUGCCGUUGGGAUUCAGGACAUCACCAUGGAGGACGGUGAUGCUAUGCUUGCCGGUGCCGCUCUUGAUUUGACUACACCCACAGUCUCCGAGACGCACCAGGAAGCCAGCACCUUCAACAUCACCCACCGCAGCCCCAUGGAUGGCAGUAUUGCUAACAACAAUACUCCCACCCCUGUACCCCCAAUUGGGCUUUCGCCUAACCGUCCCGCCAUGGCUACUCCUCCUCAGCCUCCCAUGCCCGCCACUACUGUCCCUCGAUAUCUCCUCGACCGCCAUUUCGUUCCGAACCCUCAGAUGCUCGCAGCCAUGCCACGGGAGGAGGAUGUACUCAUGUCUCUGCAGCUCCUCGCCUACGUCUCCAAAUACUGCGGUCUUCGCUCUUACUUCCAGAAGAGUCAUCUUGUUCCUCGCCUCAAGAUUGGCAAGGAACUCGCCGUGCUCGAUGGUGAAGAGGAAGUUCCCGAGGUGUAUGACGAGGACGCCGACGAUGAGGAGUAUCUGCUCCCCAACGACUUUAACCUCUUCCCACUUGUUGAGAAGUUCACAGUUCGCUACCACAGCACUGAUAUGCAGUACUGGGCUGGUGUUGUUAUGAGAAACCUCUGCCGCAAGGACGACACUCGUGGAGGCAUCCGCCAGUGUGCAUACUACCAGUGUGGCAAGUGGGAAGAGUACACCCGUCAGUUUGCCAAGUGCCGCCGAUGCCGGCGGACCAAGUACUGCAGCAAAGAGUGCCAAAAGAGUGCUUGGGCUUUCCACCGCCAUUGGUGCGUGGCGGCCACGCAGUAA